GAUCCUGAGAUCGCUGCUGAAGGCCAGAAGAGACAGAGGAGAGACCGAGGAGACAGACAGAGGACAGAGGACAGACAGAUAUUUUCCCGUCAUGGCAGAGAGUGCAGACAUGGAGCAGCUCCUGACGUCUUUUAAGAAGUUUGCUGUCCACGGACACAUGAAGGCCACAGGGAAGGAGCUGAACGGGAAGAACUGGGCCAAACUCUGCAAAGACUGCAAGAUCAUCGACGGCAAGAACGUCACCGGCACCGAUGUCGACAUCGUCUUCUCCAAAGUCAAACAGAAGACGUCUCGGGUCAUCACCUACGAGGAGUUUCAGAGAGCUCUGGAGGAGCUGGCCCCAAAAAGGUUCAAAGGUCAAACUACAGAGAAGGCACGGGACUCCAUCUUCAAACUUGUGGAGGGCAAAGAGCCCACCAACGUCGGCGUGACGAAAGUGGCGAAGGCGGGGGCCGUGGACCGCUUGACCGAUGCAACCCGUUACACCGGGUCACACAAGGAGCGCUUCGACGAGAGUGGCAGGGGCAAAGGUCGAGAGGGCCGCGAGGAGAUCGUUGAGAACACAGGCUACGUGGGAGCGUACAAGAACGCCGGGACCUACGACAGCAAGAUAAAGGCCGAGAAAUAACGAGGCAGCGCCGCUUAAUGCAGGCUGACAGGAAGUUUAGCUCCUCGACAGCACUUAGUGUGGACCAAACCUUGAACUCUGACCCCUCUGUGUGAGUGUGACGAACUGUUUUCAGAUCAGAACCACAGAGUCUGAGACACAAAGGAUGUUUGUAAGUAAUGAAACCUGACCAGCUGUCAACAGCCCCGCCCCCUCUCUCAGGCUCAUCAUCAUGUUCAACCCUCGGACUGUAAGGUUCAUGUCUCACCAUCUCUUUAUGAGUCCAUGACUGUAGCUUCAUUCAGACUGGACUGGUCUGUUGCGGAGGUGACUUGAGCUAAUGAUGCUAACAUGCUAACACCAACAUACAGGCCUUACUGGGAACCAGUGUGACAACAGAGACGAUGUCAUGUGAUGUGAUGUCAGCUGCAGGGAGGGGCUGCUGUUGUCUUCAGAGACAUGUCUCUAUUAGUGUCUCUGUUCCCAGUGAGCUGAACGAUGAGUGAACAGCUCCUGUUAGCAUCGUCCUCACGGACGGUCAGGUAACCAUCACUGGAUCCCUGUGAUAGAUGAUUUAUGGACAUUUAUCUGGAUGGACAUCAAAGACUCAGAUGUCCUCAGGAAGUGUAAAUCCAGUUUUACACUUUCCACGUCCACAUGUCCCCGGGGGUCCCUGUGGACUCGUGUGGACAUUUGCGUGCAGCCAGUUUUUGUGACCAUGCAGAUCAACUGCACAUGCUCAGUUACAGAAUAUGAUCUGUGGUUCCACACUGCGGCCCAGGUGGUGGUGGCGUCUGCACCUCGGGAUGGUUUUACAAGAAGAAGAAGAAGAAGAAGAAAACAAAACAGAUGCUUGUUCUGAAGACAGAUUGUGUCAGGAGACAUUUAUGUCAUCUGUCUUCACACAAAUGUUUUUCAGCCAAAACCAUCAAACUCAGGAGCUCUUCUGUUGUGAGGUCACCAUUUUCUUUUCUUCUUCUUCUUGGUUUUUCUGGUGGUUGGCAAACUGGUAUGGAGCAUUACUGCCACCAUCUGGACCGGAGUGUGGAUCAGGGAGAGUGCACACAUGGGACCAAGCAGCAACCUCUGAGGCUGAAACAUGAAUCCAACCCUGCAGUUCCUCUGAUGACCACUAGAGUGCGUCCCCACAGAGCUCCAUGUUCACAUUUAGAAAUCAACAUGUUUACAGCCAGUCUGGUCUCUGGAGAUCAUUUCAACCUUUUAUAGAACUCACCUGUUUACACUUUAUUAAAGUCACACAUCAUUGAGGGGGCGGGGCCUCUUUGAGGGACAAGCUGUCUGAUGAUAGAUCCACCCCUCACUCCUCCACAGCUCUGCCCUCUGGCCCAAAUAUGGUCACUUCUGGCUCCAAAAAACCAAGAUGGUGAAGCUGAGAUGCUGAACUCAAAGCUUCAAAACAGAAGUUCACAAACUGCUAGGUGACCUCACGGUUGUUACGUCCAUUAUUUUUACAGUCUGUGCGUGGCACACCAGACUGACUCAAACCUUAGUUGUUGUGUGAUGGAACCUCGUGUGUCGAGCGCCACAGGGACGUUUAACACAGACAUGAUGUCGGAGCCUGACGUCCCACUGAAUGAUGUCAGUAUGUGUUUUAACACCUCCUCACACACGUCUGAUCAGACACAGCAGCUCAGUCAGCUCAGUCAGCGCCUCCUGCUUCAGAGUGUGACACGUUACCAACCCCUCAGCGUCAGCUUUACAGGCACACGGCGUCUUUUUAAAAUUACCUUCACAGAAAACAAAUGAAUCAGGAACAAUAAAACCAGCAGGCUGUGAGUCACCACACUUUGUAAAGUUCUCAUAUACAUAACCUAAAGUAAGAUUUUCACAUGGGACACAGACCGCCGUCUCCUGGGUCAAAGUCCUGUGUUUGUUCGACACAUUCGUCCACCCUGACCUCGUCCCUACACAGACUCUGUCACUCUUCAUACUACGUCAGCUGACGUCCACCUCUGAUUGGAUCAUCAUCACAUCACCACUGCAGCCACGCAGAGCGUCACAGUUUGAAGUUCCAACUGGAGAGGGAAGUUUUUCAGUCUGAUUAACCCCCUGCAGAGUCUCAGCUCUCUGGCUCCCCCCUGUGGAGAUGUCUCUGUCCUGCUGAAUGUCUCCACAGCCCAGUUCAGACUGAACAUCUGUGAUGAUGAGUUUUACUAAUAAAACCAGACGCCAGCAAUUUGACCAGAUGACAUCAUCAGCUGGCUUGAGUCAUGCUCAGAUAGGCCAGUUCACACCGCUGACACUUUUCUCUGUGACGUUCUGAAACAGUUUCGUCUUGUCAUGAAUCUUUGGUCUGAACUUGGCUUCACACACCAUAAUAUCCUGUCAUGUCACCAUGGUCACAGGUUUCAUUCCCACCUCCUGUGACGUUGGUCCAGUCUGAAUGAAGCUUCUGUCUCUGUUAACCCUUUACAGUCAUGGACUUCAUCUGAAAGAUUAAAGGGCAGAAAUAUAAUAACUCUGUUUCCUUUAAUAAGCUGAAAAUCAGAACUGAUGUGGUCUUGUUACCUUAGAAUGAGAUGUUUAUAUUUACACAGGGAGCAGGUCCUCGUGUUGCACUGCCGUGUUUCUACGGUAGCCCAGAGUGGACAAACCCAACACUGACUCUAGACAGAGACAUUCAGGUAUUUCUCAGUGGAGACGUGUCAGCGCCAGAUUAACAGCUUUGAUGUCGUUACUGUGUCUCAGCUCUGCAGAGGACGACAAAGUCCUUCAGUAACACACCAAAGUAAAUACUCUGUUACUCUAUUAACAGUAAAAGUACCAAAGUAUCAACGUCAUCAUACACUUAAAGUACCAACAGUAAGAGUAUCAUUCUGCAGAAUAAUAUAUGUGACUGUGUUAUAAUACUGUAAAACUUCUAUUAAUAGUCCAGCUGUUAUUUACUUAAAUCACUGAACUCCACAGACCUGUAUAUUUGGGACGGGCGUAUGAAUUAAUAUGUCGAUCAGUUUGAUGUGGAUCAGCUGGUGAAGGUGGGUUAAUGACUUUAAAUCCUGCUGGGUCGUUUCAUCAUCUUUUAUUAUUGGUUCUGUUUUCUAUCAAUAAUCUGAAUCUGUAAUCAUCACAUUCUCAUUCCAACCUCAUGACAUGUCCACAUUUGAUCAUGGACGUUCCACGUCCACAUAUGACGUGUGUUACGUGUUACAUGCCUUGUCUGUUUUCAAAGUACACUUCUGUUUUCACAGGAAAUGUACAGUUUGCAUACAGUCUCUUUCAAAAUAAAAGCACUGUGU